AUGAAAUUCAGCUUCAUUCCCGUGCUUCUUGUUCUGAGCCUUGUCGCUCUUGUGACAUCGUACUCGUACGGUCUACGGUGUCGGAAUGACGCCGAUUGUCAAGAAGCUUUGGGCAAGAAAUGCGCGGCACCCAGAGCCGAAUGUCGAUGUCUUUACUGGGCAUUUUGCGCACAUAAGACGCGCUGCAAUCCGGAGAACGGGGGGAACGAUUGCUACGGCAGUGAGUGUAGCUUCGAUUUGGUGUUCGACGGCUACUACUGCAAGGAU